AUGACAUUCAGGGCAAGGGCAGCUGUGUGGAUGGCAGGGCCUCGGCUGGCUCUGCGAGACACCAGGACGCUGAGCACCAGGGCGACUCUGUCUCCCAAGGCUGUGCUGCCUUUUGAAGCCAUCCCCCAGUGUCCCAGCUCCGCGUGGAUGAAGAUGCUGCAGAUCUGGAGAGAGAAGGGAUAUGAGAACAUCCACCUGGAGAUGCAUCGCAACUUCCAGGAGCUGGGGCCCAUUUUCAGGUAUGACCUGGCGGGACGACAAGUCGUGUCUGUGAUGCUGCCAGAGGACGUGGAGAGGCUGCAGCAGGUGGAGAGCCAGCACCCCCAGCGGAUGUACCCAGAGCCCUGGGUGGCCUACAGACAGCAUCGUGGACAGAAAUGUGGCGUGUUCUUGCUAAAUGGACCUGAAUGGCGUAGCAAUCGGCUGAAGCUGAACCCGGUCAUACUGUCACCAAAGGCCGUGGAGAAGUUCAUCCCCAUGGUGGACGUGGUGGCCAGGGAAUUCUUGCAGGUCCUGCAGGAGAAGGUGCAGCAGAACGCACGUGGGAGCCUCACCAUGGACGUCCGGCCCAGAAUCUUGAACUACACCAUAGAAGCCAGCAACUUUGCACUUUUUGGGGAGCGUCUGGGCCUCCUUGGCCAGAGCAUGAGCCCUGUAAGCCUGAACUUCACCCAGGGCCUGGAGGCCAUGUUCAGAUCCACUGUGGAGCUCAUGUUCCUGCCCAGAAGCCUGUCCCGCUGGACCAGCGCCAAGGCGUGGAAGGAGCACUUUGAGGCCUGGGACCACAUUUCCCAGUAUGGUGAGGUGCGCAUUGAGAACAUCUCCCAGGAGCUGGCAGGAGAUGGCUCUGGGCACUACAGGGGCAUCGUGGCCGAGCUGCUGAGGCAUGCGGACUUGUCACCUGAGGCCAUCAAGGCCAACUCUCUUGAACUCACAGCAGGCAGCGUGGACACGACUUCUCUCCCCUUGUUGAUGACGCUCUUUGAGCUGGCUCGCAACCCCGACUUGCAGCAGGCCCUGCGCCAGGAGACUCAGGCAGCUGCAGCCAGCAUCUCUGCCAAUCCCCAGAGGGUCAUCUCAGACCUGCCCCUGCUGCGGGCUGCCCUCAAGGAGACCUUGAGGCUCUACCCUGUGGGUGUGAAUGUGGAUCGAAUAGUCGGCUCAGACCUGGUGCUGCAGAACCACCACAUCCCAGCUGGGACAUACGUCCAGGUGUUCCUCUACACGCUGGGUCGCAAUCCGGUCGUGUUCCCGAGGCCUGAACGCUAUUUCCCCCAGCGCUGGCUCAACAGGGGCCCACAUCAGAGCUUCCGCCACCUGGCGUUUGGCUUCGGGGUGCGCCAGUGCCUGGGGCGCCGCCUGGCAGAAGUGGAGAUGUUGCUCCUGCUGCACCACGUGCUGAAAUGCUUCCUGCUGGAGACGCCAUCCCGGGAGGAUGUGAGCAUGGUGUACUGCUUUGUCCUGAAGCCCACCAACUACCCCCUCCUCACCUUUCGGCCUGUCAACUAG